AUGAUAAACCCGAGAUUACUUACACGAGUAGCAGCACAGCCGCUUGCUCAACGAUUCUCUUAUUCCACAGCAACAGCAGCAACAGCAACAGCAGCAGCAGCAGUUGGCGCUUCAUGUCAAGGCACACUAAUGAAGCCCAUCAAUGAUAAACCCAUUGGCUAUCUCACAUUACCAGGCUUGGUGAAAUACGAUGCAGCGUUAGAAUUACAAUCGUACCUCGUUUCAAGACGUCAUAAAAUCACACAAAACACAUUGGAAACCUCAGAGCCUGCCGACAUGAUUUGCUUGUUGGAACAUCCUCCUACAUUUACAGCCGGUAGACGCAUUCGAGGCAAGACUGAGCAAGAGGAAGAAGAGAGACUCAAGAAAUUAGGAGCUGAUUAUUAUGAAACCAUGAGAGGAGGCCAGAUUACAUUCCAUGGUCCUGGGCAACUCAUUGCUUAUCCUAUUCUGGAUGUCAGAGAUUAUCAACUCAAUGUCAGAUGCUAUGUAUCUCGAUUAGAAAAAACUAUUAUAGACUGCUGUGCAAAAUACGACAUUCAGGCCAACACCACAGAGAAUACAGGUGUUUGGGUGGGCCAGGAUAAAAAGAUUGCAGCGUUGGGUGUUCAUUUACAACGCUAUGUCAGCAGCCAUGGCUUGGCAUUGAACUGCAAUGUGGAUUUAAAUUGGUUUGAUCAAAUUGUGCCUUGUGGUCUAUCUGAUAAAGGCGUUACCUCCAUCACAAAGGAAACUGGACAACAAACAAGCCCUCAAGAUUACAUGUGGAUUUGA